GGCUGGGGCUCCGGGAAAACUGGCUGCUUCUGGUUUCCACGCAUAAAUACAAAGCGGAGCCGGCGUGAGGAGAAAAUCGGCACAAAGGACAGCGGAAGACAGGUUUAAAAACUGAAGAGUCAGACUCCAUAAAAGAAGAGCUUGGGCGGAAUGCAAAGUUGUGACAUUUCCUCAGACAGCACUGAUGAUCCUCUUAGUAGUGGCCUACGCAGCCAUCGACAGCCUCGAAUAGUGGUGAUUGGAGCAGGUCUGUCCGGCCUCUCUGCCACCAAGGUUCUCCUGGAGCACGGUUUCACAGAUGUGACUCUCCUCGAGGCCGCUGACCACAUCGGGGGCAGAGUUCUGAGCGUCCCCAACGGUAAAUCGACAUUGGAGCUUGGAGCGACCUGGAUCCAUGGGGCAAAUGGGAACCCAGUGUACCACCUGGCCGAGGACAACGGGCUGCUGGAGCACACCACGGAUGAGGAGAGGAGCGUUGGCAGAAUCAGCCUGUACACCAAGAGCGGCGUGGCCCACUACCAGACCAAUGCGGGCAAGAGGAUCCCCAAGGACCUGGUGGAGGAGUUCAGCGACCUGUACAGCGAGGUGUACGAGCUGACACAGGAGUUCUUCCAGAGGGGAAAACCUGUAUGCGCCGAGAGCCAGAACUCUGUGGGCGUCUUCACUCGGGACGUGGUGCGCAAAAGGAUCAUGAUGGAUCCCGAUGAUUCAGAGAGCACCAAGAAACUCAAACUGUCCAUGCUGCAGCAGUACCUCAAGGUGGAGAGUUGUGAGAGUGGCUCUCCCAGUAUGGAUGAGGUGUCUCUCAGUGAGUUUGGGGAAUGGACAGCCAUCCCCGGAGCACAUCACGUCAUUCCUGGAGGUUUCAUGAAGAUCGUAGAUGUCCUGGCUCAGGACAUUCCCUCCAACAGUAUUACACUAAACAAACCUGUGCGCUGUAUCCACUGGAACUACUCCGCCCAACGCCAUGAAGUCAUCGCCAACCAGGACAACAAUCACAACGACAACAACAGCCAGCCUCAAGACCCCCUGAUCCUGAGACACCCCAUCUCUGUGGAGUGUGAGGAUGAGGAGUGGAUACCAGCAGAUCAUGUGAUCAUCACUGCCUCUCUGGGCGUUCUGAAGAAGAACCAUGAGUCCAUGUUCUCCCCUCCUCUGCCUGAAGAUAAAGUGCUGGCCAUAGAGAAGCUGGGCAUCAGCACCACCAACAAGAUCUUCUUAGAGUACGCAGAGCCCUUCUGGAGCCCAGAAUGCAACAGUAUCCAGUUUGUGUGGGAGGAUGAGGCUCACCUGGAGCAGCUGGUCUAUCCUGAGGAGCAGUGGUACAAGAAGAUCUGCAGCUUUGAUGUGCUGUACCCACCUGAGCGCUAUGGUUACAUGCUGAGUGGCUGGAUCUGCGGAGAGGAAGCCCUCUACAUGGAGCGCUGUGACGAUGAGAUGGUGGCUGAAACCUGCACAGAGCUGUUCAGGCGGUUUACAGGGAACCCCGACAUUCCGAAGCCUCUCCGAAUCCUGCGCUCUUCGUGGGGCAGUAACCCGUACAUCCGGGGUUCGUACUCCUUCACCAGGGUGGGCUCCAGUGGGGGGGACUGUGAGAGAUUGGCCAUGCCACUGCCUUAUGCCAACAGCACCAAGGCCACGCCAUUACAGGUCCUUUUCGCUGGAGAGGCCACACACCGCAAAUACUAUUCCACUACCCAUGGUGCUUUGCUGUCAGGUCAGAGGGAAGCUAACCGCCUGAUAGAGAGGUACCAGGACUUGCACAAAGCCGAAACCACAAAGCCUAAAGUGUAAAGAAAUAUAAUAAAAGGAACCUCAGACUAGUAAACAUGUUUAAACUUUAUUGCAAUGAUCAUUAUGUCAUAGCUCGGGCAUUACAUUCUUAACAGAUGAGUUGCUCUUGUACUGUAGUUUGAAAUUAUGCGUAUUUUUAUUUGGAAAUGUACUGUUCAUAUGUUGCCAACGGUGCUGUCAUUUCAUGUCUUUUAUCCUCAUCAUGUUGUUUUGAAUCAGUAAUUUAAUGUUUUAAUAACACUAUCUGUAAUAACUUUAUUUGUUUUGUAAGUGCCUUCUGUCCCUAUUUGAUGUUAUUUUCAAUGCUAUGCAGUUUUAACAAAAUUAAACCUAUAUCAUCAUUUAAA